AUGCCAUUCAUCCCACCUGUGUCAAUUGCACGCUCUGUGUCAGGACUGACCGGGAAGGAGAGACCUAUCAACACUUCAUCUACAUCUACUGUGGCCAAGACAAAGGUCCAAAGAGAUGACAAAGGCAGCUCAGUGAAGGAGCGGCUGGCUUCAAACCUCAAGCAGCUGGGGAAGAAAAGCCAACCCAGGAGUCAUCUGCCAACCGCCAAAGGUGUGUCAAGUGCAGAGCUGCAUGCAAAGAGAAGGGACAGAUUGUUGCCUUCAUCACAAACAGACAGCUUUCCUGCCUCCAGCUCCGGCGAGUCUCUGUCUAAGACAGAGCAGCACAAACACACGAGCCAGAGCUCUGUGAGGAACGAAGCAGAGGUGAAGACGAGGGCCAGGCAUCAGGAGGAGGCCCGUUUCACACUAACUCUCACACCUGAGGCUGUUCUGCUGCUGCAGCGGAGGAACAGUGAGAGGCAUCAACAUUCAGCAUCCAGGAACGCAGGAAGCGGAGGCGGUGUAUCUGGAAGCGCGUCAGAUUCCAGGCGAAGGAGGGAAAAGGUCUCUAAAAGGCAUCAAGCAGCAACACAGAGACACAGCACACCAAACAGCAGAGUCACUGCUAAAAACAGCAGCGAUGCUGAGCUGGGAGACAUCAGCUCGAUCGUGAAAAUCUCACUUCUGAACGAGCAACACAAGUACGAUGAUGUGGAGUAUGAGGAAGAGGAGGACUAUGGUGUGGAUGAGCGUGUGGUGCUGAAAUGUACAGAGUGGCUGCGUGGGUUGGAAAACACACCGGUGACAGUGGGACACAGCCUGAAUAAGAGUGUAAGCAGUGUGAAAAGUUUCUGA